UACUGUGUAGAAGCUGAGAGAAGGAAAAUAGGAACAAACGACGACUUUAACAUACAUAUUACAUAUAACUAAGCUUGUUAGUCACUGUGUGUAUAACCAUAUUUGUUUGCUUUGUUUACAAUGAAUGUGCAGUGGCGGGAGUCGUUGUGUGUGGCCUCUCAUGUUGGCUAAGUUAAGACACGGAGCUAAUAUUUGUGCGAGUAGUUAGCGAGUACUUGGGUUGUUUACAAUAGUUCUCAAAGAUGUAUACUUUAUUAUCUGGAUUAUAUAAGUACAUGUUCCAAAAGGAUGAAUAUUGUGUGUUGAUCCUUGGGCUGGAUAACGCUGGGAAAACGACCUUUCUGGAACAAACCAAAACAAAGUUCAGCAAGAACUAUAAGGGAAUGAAUCUGUCAAAAAUCACAACUACAGUUGGUCUGAACAUUGGUACAAUUGAUGUGGGGAAAGCUCGCCUAAUGUUCUGGGAUCUGGGAGGUCAGGAUGAGCUGCAGUCUCUGUGGGACAAAUACUAUGCCGAGUCCCAUGGAGUCAUCUACGUGAUAGAUUCAACUGAUGAAGAGCGUCUGUCAGAAUCAAAGGAGGCCUUCGAGAAAAUGAUCAGCAGUGAAGCGUUAGAAGGGGUUCCACUCCUGGUGUUGGCCAACAAGCAGGAUGUACCGAACUGUUUGUCAGUGCCGGACAUUAAAACAGCCUUCAGCGACUGCGCCCCGAAGAUUGGAAAGAGAGAUUGUUUAGUGCAGCCUUGUACCGCUCUCACAGGGGAUGGAGUGAACGAAGGCAUCGAGUGGAUGGUGAAGUGUGUGAUCAGAAACAUUCACAGACCACCCAGACAGAAGGACAUCACAUAACAAGUGACCGUCUCUCUCUCCUCUUUGGUUUGGACUGUGAGUUUCUCCUCGAGGACAUUCCGUGUUAAACCCUGGAGCUGAUUAACUUUUCCUCUCUCCUCGUGUUCGCUGUGACUUUGAACAGUGUGGAAUUUCUGCUUUUUGUAGGAGUUCAACACAGACAGAGCGAGACAGUACUUUUUUUUAAAAUGGCAGAGCGAAACGUCAGACGCGCUCGGAAACGGACGUCUGUCAGUUCCAGAUGUUUCACCUUUUUUUUCUUUUUGAAGCGGUACAAGCAGUAGCUUCAGUGUCGGCAACAUCUGUAUGGAGCUCCACUGACUGACACUGUGAUCAGAAGAGUGUGAAAACAUCAAUUUGAUACAUGAAUUCUCACCUAAAACAUACAAAACCCUCGUAGUUACUCCAUGUAUGCAUGUGUCAGAUCCACUAAGACAUUUCUAGCUCAUAUUUUAAGGUUUGAACUCUCCAAACUGUACACUACCUCUAAAA